AUGGUUUACACGGUGUUUGGACAUAGUGGUGGAGAUCUACGAAUGCCAAGAACACCGGCGGAAACUCGGCUCUCCGACCCCAUGGCGCGCACUUAUGAAUACCACAAUACCUUUGCGUCAAUGUUGACCCAUUCAUAUCAUGAUGCCUCUCAUGCCACUUUUAGUCUGCUUUGUUUUGGUUUCCUUGGCAUCGCCAAUCUCGAACCUCAAUGGAUCCCUGCUCCACCUCCACGACAUUGUAUUGUCAUCUGGUAA